AUGCGCCAGUACAGCAUCCAGAAGGUCCAUACAAGCUCGAACUAUAUGCAACGAUGCGAGCCGCUGCACUUCUCACCCCUCGCCACCCUCACCGCGCAGGCGUACGCGUGCGUGUACACCUACGGCGAGAUCCAUACCGGCCUGGACGUCGUCACCGCCGUCACCAUCACCGACAAUGGAGAGACCGUCUGCGACGGCUGCCACGUCAACCGGGGUGGCCCCGGCGACGUCAAAUGCCAGGACGGCUACAGCGCCCAUUACGAGAUCGGCACCGCCGGGGACACCAACAGCAUGGGCAUCACCUACGGCAUGCCGCACGGCACCUUUUACAUUACGGUCCCGCCACUCGGCCAGUGCACCUACUCGAACUGCUGCGGAGGCAAGUUCUAUUUCUCUGUCGACGCUGAUAUGCAACGACGACGUCCAUCAUCCAAUUCGAGAAACACAGGCAACUUCCCGUAUACUUGCUCCAUUUGCAAGAACGCAAACUACAGCUUCUACUAG